AUGACGCAAAAGGGAAAAUCAACAACACAAAACAAAAUUAUUAUUGGAAUGGGUUAUGGAUUAUCUUGCUUAAUUUGUAAGACAAAUAAGAAUAAUGAAUAUAAUGUUUAUGAAAAAGAUAACGUUGAUUUCCGUGCGUGCGGGUUAUCUUAUCUUUGA